AUGGACGACCGAGCAGCGAAGCAGCGCGGGUAUGAGGCGCCAUUUGAGCCCAAGCAACCCUUUCCACCGUUGCUUGACGAAUUGGCAUCGCCGGAGGAGGUCCAAGAGAGCUACGCCGAGGAUGAGAGCGUUACCUCUCCUGGCUAUGACGAGAUUGAGGUCGAAGACGAUGCCGAUUUCCAGUCGCACUAUUCCCUAGAGCCACAAUCCUUCUCGGACUCGGAGUCAGAAGACUCGGGUGAUGAUAUUGGGAGACAUCACCCGUUUCGACAGUCCUCUGGGUCCCUCCAUGGGCCUAAUGCCUUUGCGCCUCCCUUUUACAAUCGCCCACCAACCCCUUUACCACCGUCGCCUUCGCUAACAUCCCUUCUGCGACCACCAUUUUCCACUACCACUUCUCGCCCCACUACCCCAGACAGCUCCGAUGUGGAAACUCCCAAUGACACUGAGGCUGCCGUGGCCAAGUCUGCCCGGCGUGCUACUACUGUCCCUCGCGCCAGCCCCAAGGUUCCAACCUAUGAGUACUACGGAUUUGUGCUGUACUUGGCUUCUUCUCUUGCAUUCUUGAUCUACCUCCUAUGGUCGUAUCUCCCAUCUCCGUUCCUCCACCAACUCGGUAUCUACUACUACCCCAACCGCUGGUGGUCCUUGGCCAUUCCAUCGUGGCUGGUCAUGUCCAUUGUCUACAUCUAUGUUGCUCUCGCUUCAUAUAACACAGGGUACCUGACCCUGCCCAUGAACAGUAUCGAGAAUAUUGUCGAUGAGGUGGCGAACGUAGCUGUCAUCGAUGGCAAGGCAAGGCGACGGCCUGGAGGGUCUACCAAAAUGAAGCCCGGAGCGACUUCGUAUCAAAUGAUGGGUCCACAGAAUCGGAAGGUCAACUGGCGGGAGAUCUGGAGUGAGGGAACUGAUGCGGUGAUGGAUAUACCGGUUGGGGGUCUGCAAUUUAUCAAAAAGAGCAUCGAGAUUCAAUUCUCAAUGACGUGGGUGUUUAAGACAAGGGGCCCUGGUCACGUGCUGAUAGACACUGCCGCCUACGAGGCUCUUUGUAUCUUUCGCAUCUCUUACUUCGUGGGCAAAACCUACCCUCUCUCAGUCUGUUCUCGCCUAUUUGACAGAAUGUCAGCAGAGCGUCCUUCGACCCCUCCCCGGCAGAAUGCUGCCGGGCCUGGACAGCUUCCUCGCGGGCCGUUGACACCGGAACAGAAGCGGAAGAUGGAGCUGAAUCGCAUGAAAGCUAAAGCUCUUCGGGAGCAACACGAAGCCGAAUUAGCUGCAAAGACCCGCUCGGCAGGGACAUCCCCGAACACCUCUCAACCCACUCAAGGACUUAAGCGUUCUCACGCCUCGAUGACCGCGAGCAAUCCUCCUCCUUCCACUGUACGAGAUGCCCGUACGACCGCCCUUUCAUCGGAUCGCCCGCUUGAUGAGAUCAAGCCCGCGCGCAACUUCACUCGAUAUGUGGAGUACGAUUUCAGCAAAAUGACGGAUACGAAGGGUGGAUUCUUGACGCAGGAGGAUGAUCCAUUCAAUAAGGCCCUUCAUGUGCCCGAUGAUAAGGAGGCUCAGAAACCUGCCAACAUGACUCAAAGGGAAUGGGAGCGCCAACAACUACUCCAGUCUCUGCGACGAAAUCGCGAGGGACCUUUCGAGCCGGGAUUGAGUGUCUUGGAUGAUAAAAGCAAGCAAAAGACUUGUCGUGAAUGCGGUAGUUUGGAGAUUGACUGGAAGUGGGAGGAGCAGCUUCGGUGUCAGAUCUGCCACUCCUGCAAGGAUAAGUAUCCCGACAAAUAUAGUCUUCUCACCAAGACUGAAGCGCGAGAGGAUUAUCUUCUCACAGACCCCGAACUCCGCGAUGAAGAGCUCCUUCCUCAUCUUGAGAAGCCCAAUCCGCACAAGUCGACCUGGAACAGCAUGAUGUUGUACCUCCGCUACCAAGUGGAAGAAUACGCAUUCUCUGACAAGAAAUGGGGAUCUUCCGAAGCAUUAGAUGCCGAGUUUGAACGCCGUGAAACUGACAAGAAGCGACGUCGAGAAGCGAAGUUCAAAACGAAGCUGAAUGACCUGAAGAAGCGGACUCGGGUGGAAGCCUAUCGGCGCAAUCGGCAGGGCGCUGCAGGUGGCGAUUUUGGGGAUGACUUGAGUACCAAUCGAAAACAUGUGCAUCAGUGGGGUCGAACGGUAGAUAAUCCAGAGACAGGCAUCGGGGUGAAGACCUGCGUGGAUUGUGGUAUGGAGGUGGAAGAAUUGGAGUUCUAA